GACCUCCCCGCCCUCUUAAAGGGGCCGCGCCUCUUUUUCGGUGCGCAGCGGUUGAUUCCGCACAAGUAGAGGGCGGCGGCCAACCUGCGCGUCGGGGUCCCGCCCCACGACUGCAGAGGAAGGGAUGCGGGGAAAGUCCCCACCUAGCUCUUGGCACGCGGCACCGUGGGGCUCUUGGCCGGGACAGCUGAUGUUCAGUCCGGACGUGCUGGGUGCGGCCUCCGACGUGCCGCCUCUGAGAUUGUCCUUUCAUAGUGACCUUUGCUGACUGCUGUUCCCACCUGCUGCCUAAACAUGCUUUUGCCUGGGUUCAGCCCUGCCCUCUGCCCAAUGUCAUCGAGACACCCUGGUCACAGCUGGCCCCUUACCUGCGCCGCGAGCCAUCACUCACAAAAAAACGUGUUUCAGAAAGCAGGUUCUUGCCUGUGCUGAACGUGCCGGGAGAUAUUGCUGUGUGUUGCUUUAGAUCUUCCUACAGCGCAAGCAAGAAGGAGUCUGGAUUUCAAUGAUAGAAAAGUGGACAGUACACAUCUAAAAUGCAGGCUGUCUGUGACCUUCCUUGGCCUCCCUUGCCUGCUCUGCUUGGAUCAUGAGGGUGUUGGAGGAGAAUCUCUUCUGGGUGCUGCUCCCAGUCCUUCACCUGCUAGUGAGUGCUGCGGAGCAUGAGGAGGUGGCAAAGCAUGUGAUCAAGUUGCACCGUGGGAAGGGAGCCACCGCUGCCCACAGGAAGCAGUGGGUGCUGGACAGCUGCCGGAAGCUCACUGGGCUCCUGCGGCAGAAGAAUGUGGUUCUGAACAAACUGAAAAAUGCAAUCCGAGCAGUGGAAAGAGACGCUGGUCUGUCGGACGAGGAAAAGCUGUUCCAGGUGCACAUGUUCGAAAUCUUCCAGAAAGAGCUGAAUGAAAGUGAAAACUCAGUGUUCCAGGCCAUCUAUGGGCUGCAGAGAGCCCUUCAGGGGGAUUACAAGGAUGUCGUGAACAUGAAGGAGAGCAGCAAGCAGCGGCUGGAGGCCCUGCGGGAGGCCGCCAUCAAGGAAGAGACUGAAUAUGUGGAACUUCUUGCUGCAGAGAAACACCAAGUGGAAGCCCUUAAAAAUAUGCAGCAUCAAAAUAAGAGUCUGUCUAUGCUAGAUGAGAUUCUUGAAGAUGUGAGGAAGGCUGCUGAUAGGCUGGAGGAGGAGAUAGAAGAGCAUGCUUUUGAUGACAACAAAUCAGUCAAAGGUGUCAACUUCGAGGCAGUUCUGCGGGUGGAGGAGGAGGCGGCCAGUUCAAAGCAGAACAUCACAAAGCGGGAGGCUGAAGAUGGUCUGGGCCUCAGCAUGCUGAUCGACUCACAGAACAACCAGUACAUCCUGACCAAGCCCCGAGAUGCCACUAUCCCGCGUGCAGACCCCCACUUCAUCAAGGACAUUGUCACCAUAGGAAUGCUGUCCCUGCCUUGUGGCUGGCUGUGCACAGCAAUAGGACUGCCCACCAUGUUCGGGUACAUCAUCUGUGGUGUGCUCCUGGGGCCGUCGGGACUGAACAGCAUCAAGUCUAUUGUACAGGUGGAGACAUUAGGAGAAUUUGGAGUCUUCUUUACUCUUUUUCUUGUUGGCUUAGAGUUUUCCCCAGAAAAACUGCGAAAGGUGUGGAAAAUAUCCUUGCAAGGACCGUGUUACAUGACAGUCCUCAUGAUUGCCUUUGGCCUGUUGUGGGGACACCUUCUACGAAUCAGACCCACCCAGAGUGUCUUCAUUUCGACUUGUUUGUCCUUAUCGAGCACACCCCUGGUGUCCAGGUUCCUUAUGGGCAGUGCCCGGGGAGAUAAAGAAGGUGACCUGGACUAUAGCGCCGUGCUACUGGGCAUGCUGGUGACACAGGAUGUGCAGCUGGGGCUGUUCAUCGCGGUCAUGCCGACGCUCAUACAAGCAGGGGCCAGCUUGUCUUCCAGCAUUAUCAUGGAAGUUCUGCAAAUUUUGCUCCUGAUUGGUCAGAUUCUUUUUUCACUAGCUGCUGUUUUCCUUUUAUGUCUUGUUAUAAAGACUUACCUCAUAGGACCAUAUUAUCGAAAGCUGCAUUUGGAAAGCAAAGGGAACAAAGAAAUCCUUAUCUUGGGAAUAUCUGCUUUCAUCUUUUUAAUGUUGACGGUCACAGAGCUGUUGGAUGUCUCCAUGGAGCUGGGCUGCUUUCUGGCUGGAGCGCUGGUCUCCUCUCAAGGCCACAUGGUCACCGAGGAGAUCACGGCCUACAUCGAGCCCAUCCGGGACUUCCUGGCCAUCAUCUUCUUUGCAUCUAUAGGGCUGCACGUGUUCCCUACCUUCGUGAUCUACGAGCUCACUGUGCUGGUGACCCUCACACUGGCAGUGGUGGUCAUGAAGUUUGUCUUGGCAGUGCUCGUCUUGUCUCUCAUCCUGCCCAAGAGCAGCCAGUACAUCAAGUGGAUUGUCUCCGCCGGGCUGGCCCAGGUCAGCGAGUUCUCCUUCGUUCUGGGGAGCCGGGCACGGAGAGCGGGCAUCAUCUCUCGGGAGGUCUACCUCCUCAUUCUGAGUGUGACCACCCUUAGUCUCCUGCUUGCCCCAGUGCUAUGGAGAGCUGCAAUAACAAAAUGUAUGCCGAGACCAGAGCGCCGGCCCAGUCUCUGACAGCGCAGAGGGUGGUGACUCUUGGGAGGAAGCCCUCUGCAAGUGUCUUGUCAUCACAAUCCUGUGAGCCUCGCACAUGGAGACAGAGUGACACUAGCAAGGAGGCGAUGUCAUAUUGUUUGCCAGCUUUUACAGAAUAUUUCUCUUGUUUUAGAAUUUUCCAGAGUAAUUUAUUUGCAGUCAGUUGAUUAUGCACGGUAGAGUCGUAAUACUGCAUUUUAUGAAUCGCCCGGACUGUUUGCCUGUAUGUGCCUUUUUUUCUGAAAUUAUUUUUAAUUCUUUAUUGUUAAUUCAUCAGUUCAUGAUUUUUGGUAAAGAAAAGUUAGCUUUUUUAAUUUAUUGUUCAACUUUAGAAUUAAAGUCUGUAGAUCAAAUGUUUGUUAGUAAACAUAUCUAUGAUAUGAGAUUUUAAUUCUGGCAAUGAGUUUGGAAGUUUACCUUAGAUACUUAAAGUAUGUUUUCUAGUUGAGAUGAAUAUCUUAUAGAUAUCUAUUUGCCUCAUAACUAUUUUAAAGAAAUUCUUAUGUUAAUUUGGAGUAUAUCACUCAUAAAAUAUUUGAUUUUGAAUCAUAAGGGUAUGGUCAUUAUUUAAU